AUGGCAGGCGGCCGGCCGGAGGCGCAGGACCACCCGCCUGAGAACGGCUUCACCACGCUUGAGCACCCGGUUCCCCGGCUGCUGCCGCACAUCGACGGCUCGGUUCUGCCGUCUCUGGGGGGCUUUGGGAAGCAUCAGAAGCAGCUCGUGGUCCUGACCUGGAUACCGGCUUUGUUUAUCGGCUUCAGCCAGUUUUCGGAUUAUUUCCUCCUGGCGCAGCCUAAUGGCACGUGCGUGCAGCCCCUGCUCAACCAGAGUAACUGGACCUCUGCAUCCCUGCCGGUCACUGCAGCUACGACCGCUCUGCAUCUCACAGACAACGGCACCGGGGACGGAUACGGCGAUGGCAGCGCUCUGCUUUGCGCGUGCAAGGAGUGGAGGCUCGAGCUGCAGACGGGACUUAGUCAGAAUGUGGUUACCAAGUGGAACCUGGUGUGUGACUCAGCCUGGAAGGUGCACAUUGCCAAGUUUUCUCUGCUGGUGGGCUCCAUAUUUGGCUACCUAGUGAUGGGUGUCAUGGCCGACUGGUUUGGUCGGCACCCAGUGUUGAUUCUGUCGGUUCUUUUCAUGCUGGUGUUUGGUCUGAGUGUUGCCUUCUCUGUAAACGUCACCAUGUUCAGCACCUUGCGCUUCUUUGAGGGUUUCUGCUUGGCGGGCCUCGCUCUCUCCCUCUACGUGCUCAGGAUCGAGCUUUGCUUGCCAGGCUGGCGUUUCUCCAUGACCAUGGUGGCCAGUUUUCUGAUGGUGGGCGGGCAGCUUCUGAUGCCAGGGGUGGCUGCUCUGUGUCGCAAUUGGCCCAACCGGGAUGACUGGCAGGUCCUGCAGAUCGUGAUAAUCAGCCCUUUCGUUCUGAUGCUUCCUUACGUCUGGAUUUUUCCCGAGUCUUUGCGCUGGUUGCUGGCAACGCAGCACUACAGGCGGUCAAAAGUCAUGAUGCUGCGCAUCGCCAGGAAGAACCAGGUUGACAUGACAACCGAGCCGAGCGGAGUUCUCGCAGAGCUGGAGCAGGAGCUGCACAAGAAACCCCAGAGGACCUGCAUUGUGAAGAUGAUGAGCACCAGGAACCUGUGGAAAAACAUCGUGGUGCUGUGUGUCAACUCGCUGACAGGUUAUGGGAUCCACCACUGCUUCGCCCGCAGUAUGAUGGACCCCGAGGCGCAGCCAACAGCUUUGUGCCAUGCGGACUAUUACACCAUGGCCGGCAUCGCUGUAGCCACCUGCCUGGCCGUUUGCCCCGCGGUGGGGUUGAUGGGUCGCCGUGGAGGGCUGCUCACCUUCAUGAUCAUAACAGCCCUCGCAUCACUUCUACAGCUGGGCUUACUGAACCUGAUUGGGAAGUACAGCCUCCGCCAUGACACAGUUCUGCGAGACACUCUGAACAGGAAGUUCUCCGUGGCAUUCUCCAUCAUCGGCAUGUUCUCGUCUCAUGCGGUCAGCACGCUCAGCAUUUUCUUCUGUGCUGAAAUCACUCCCACUGUCAUCAGGGGUGGAGGGCUGGGCCUGGUCCUCGCCAGUGCCGGCUUCGGCAUGCUCACUGCACCCAUCAUGGAGCUCCACAACCAGAAGGGCUACUUCUUGCACCACGUGAUCUUCGCCUGCUGCACGCUGCUGUGCAUCAUCUGCCUGCUGCUGCUGCCGGAGCCGCGGGGCCAUCCUCUGCCCGAGAGCCUGGUCGACGGAGAGACCUUCACCCGGCAGACCCUGCUCCAUCCAGGAGAGCAGCACCUCCUUCUCGCCAAGGCCGACGGGGACUACUCCAGGGUCCACGACACGCCCUUACACCUCUCAGCCACCGGGGGCGCCACAGUGGCUGUAGCCACCGCUCUGGCAGCGGUGCCUGCCUCGUACGCCCUGGCGACUGGAGGCGAGAUUAUUGGAAAUCGUGCCAUAGCCAAUGGUGUGUGAGCACCAUAGCAAAUAGUCUACUACUGUGCUGUUAAUUGCUCAAGCAUUAACAUGACUCAACAGGCUUUGAACUUUUCAACAACAACAAAAAAAACCUUUAAAAAGGGAAAACAAAAUUAUUCGGAUGAACCAAAUGAACUCUUUAUUGUUGAGGUUUGAGGUGGCGACGAUAGUUUCAAUUUGUGUAGUUUUUAGUGACUAUGAUUCAUUCAGGAGUUGCCAAAAAUAUUGUACUGGACUAAGUUUGUCUGAAGUCGGUGUGCGUUCAAUAAUAAUAUGAAAGUGUUCGGUGAUUUUCUUGCACUGCGGUCCGCUCCGUCGAGAAUGAUCCACAGGGAAAAGAAGCAAGCGAGAGAAGAUGCAGCGUAGAGCAGCUUUCCAUGACGAGUGCUUUUGUGAGAUUUUUCUGUUUGUAGUUUUGACUCGUUGAGGGAGGAUCCCACUGCAUCCUGUAACUCUUUAUAAGUUCUUUUGCACUAAACUUCAGAGACACAAUCAAGUGUUUGUGAUUUGAAGCCAACACAUUGGAGACGCAGGGAUUGGCUAAACCACUACCACUCUUUUUUUGCAUGAAAGGGCACAAAAAAAAAAAAACGUUUUACAUGUUUUCUCUAGUUAUUUGUGUUCCCUCUUCUAGAAGUCCAAUGAGGCACUUUAUCCUCAGAGGUUGAGGUCAGUGAAGACACUGAUUAUUGUUGUUUUUUAAAGGAAGCAUUACUGCUGUCGGUGUGGGUGUAUGAUGGUUGUCUGAUGAUGAAGAGCAGCCGGAGACCUUGGCAGACUUUAUGUGUAGCCUAUAAAGACUGAGAGUAAUGCAAAGCAAAUCUGAGAGUUGAACGGACAUCAGAGCGUACCGCUGUAUGUCUUAUGACACAUCUUGGCAUUUGAAGGCUUUAUCAUGACGGCUCUGUUCUUUUUUUCAAAAAACGAAGCAGAGAAUGUAAUUAAAGAAAAAACCAGUAUUUAUUUUCAUGUCGUGCCGCCAAGGGCAAAUUUUUGUCGCUUGAAAUACCUCCUUAAUUAGCAGAGAUUUCCACUCCACCUCCUCACUCCUCGUCCUCUGUACCGUGGUAACGUCGUAAUCCUUCUCCUAGGAUGUGUUAACUCUAGCCAGAAAGCACAAUAUUUUACAGUUUUUUGAAAUAAACGUUUGUGAAGAUUAUAGAGUAGAGCAGCCUGGUCUGCCCUGGCCUAGUCGUGAUUAGUGUACAUUUAUACACUUUAUGUAAGUAUCCUUUAGGACUGCAAAAAACAUGUGCGCUGCGUACACAUGUGCCAUAUUCAUAAUGUACGCACCAUACUUUUAUAGGAUAUAAGAACAUCAAAUAAACCAUGCCAUGAUCCAUGAAAUGUCCCUGAAUCCACCGGUCCCAAACAUUGUUCAUGUUUAGUACUCAGCACGUAUUUCAAACCCCCCGUAUGGUUUGCUAGUUUGUAUGUUUUCAUUAGUAAAUCACUCCGAGAGAGAGAGAGAGAGGAAAGAAGUCAACCACUAAUGCUGUUUUCUAAGUGUUAUUUUUUUAAUAUGAUGCAUUUGUACAAAAAGCCAUAGGCCUACAUGUUUUGAUAAUAAACCACUUAAUUUAUUAUGUCAAUAAAAGAACACUUGAUGUGA